ACUGUUGUAUAAAGACACGUAAAUCAACAAUUGGAAGUGAAAGACUGUUUUGCAAAUUCAAAGACAUUGUAUAUUAAUAUUAAGGACGAUGGACGCUGGGACAUGGUACCAUUCAUUGCCUCGCUUUACACGGUACUGGCUAACAGCCACAGUUGGCAUGAGCCUGCUCUGCAGAUUCGGUCUGCUGCCAAUGGAAUAUAUGUACCUAUCCCGUGAGCUGGUGCUGACCCGGUUACAGCUGUGGCGAUGCAUCACCUCCCUGUUCGUGUUUCCACUGAGCGGAGCGACAGGCUUCCACUUUCUGAUCAACUGCUACUUCAUAACGCAGUACAGCAAGAAUCUGGAAAAGGAUCAAUAUGCGAGAAGCCCCUCCGACUACCUAUAUCUAUUGAUAAUCACUGCAGUGCUCGCCAAUCUCGGCGGCAUGUUAUUCAACGUAUACUUUCUGAUGGACAUGCUGGUCGUUGCAAUCACCUACAUUUGGUGCCAACUGAACAAGGAGGUCAUUGUUAGCUUCUGGUUCGGCAGUCGCUUCAAGGCCAUGUACCUACCCUGGGUGCUAGCCGGCAUUGAGCUAGUUUUCCACGGCUCUUUGGCCUCACUGGUGGGCAUAUUCAACGGACACGUUUAUUAUUUCCUCAAAUUCCAAUACCCACAGGAGCUGGGCGGCAAUGCAUUUCUCGAGACACCCGAAUUUUUAAAACGUAUUGCUCCGGACGUAUCUGGUGGCAUUAGCGGCUUUGGUAUUCCACCGGAGAGCAGAGCACCUCCACGUCAAGCGGCCAACUCAGCCUGGGGUCAUGGCACGGCCUUGGGACGCAACUGAAAAAUUUAUUCAUAAGUUUAGUUAACGUACUAUCUUUCUAUCGGUCUAUACAAAUGAUCUAUAUACUAAAAAGUAAAAGCUCGAUCAAUCCCUGUCAAAACUCAUCCUAUACCUAAUCUUGAGUUUGGCAUCUUUU